AUGGGAUUAUUACUCUGCUGGGGAGACCGAGGUGUGGUAUCUGACAGAGGGGGAGAGAAGGAUGGCGGUGGAAGAGGAAGAGGGUGUCACCCGAAAAGAGGGGACAGCAAGAAAAUACAUCGUGGCUGUCGUGGGGCUUUGCAAGAAAGGUGUUGGGAUCGCGGGAGCGGUCGGGGUUGUGAUGCUGUGGAAUACGUUGCUCGCGCUGUUUCUCAAAUCACACCCGGGAAAUGA